GCACCGGGUACCGAAUUGUCGGUGCCGCCAAAGGCAAGGUGCACCUUAAGCAAUCGUGUGGCUCUCUUAAGAAUAAGGAUGUGGAGGAAAUGAGUGUCACCGAAACAACUGACUUAUGUAAGAAGUGCUACUAUGAAUCAGAGGUAGUCGAUGUUUCGGUGGAGUAUUCUGAUUUGGAAACCAUGGUAGCUGAGUUGCCGGACACCCCAAUCCAAGUCCCUGUUGCUCGAGCCUCGGUUGUUAACCAGACUCUUAUACGUGAACCCACGACCGCCGCAAUUCCGUCUGUGCAGUCCCGCUUGGGUUACAGAAUUGUCGGUGCAGCUAAGGGUAAAGUGCACGUUAAGGAUACUUGUGGUUCCCUCAAGAAUAAGGUUGUGGAGGAAAUGGUGGGGACCGGAACAACCGACUGGUGUAAGAAGUGCUACACCGAAGAGGUUGUGGGAGUGUCGGUUGGGUACGCUGACAUUGAAGCCAUGUUAGCCGAGCUGCCGGACGUACCAACCCAAGUUCCAGGUUCACGACACCCUACUACAGCAACUAUUCCCACUACCCCCACCACGUUGCUGCCACUAUCGUC